AUCGAAACGUUCCCUGUGCGAGGCGACAGUUUCGUUUCAUUUUUUGGUUUUGGCCAAAGUCGUAAUUACAGCCUCUUACAAAAGCAAGUUUUAAGUUACAGCUGAUGUUAGCCAGCUAGCUGGCUAGCUACUGUCACUGAACUGACGUUAGCUGGCUAACGUUACUUUGCUAACAAUCGAGAGCGCAGCUCGCAGCUAGCUAAAUUAUGGGAGGAUGCUCCGCUCCAAACUGCUCCAAUUCUACAACAAUAGGAAAGCAGCUGUUCCGUUUCCCGAAAGACCCGGUGCGCUGGAGAAAAUGGGUUAUGAACUGCCGACGUGAUUUUGUGCCAACUCCAUGCUCAAGGCUGUGUCAGGACCAUUUUGAGGAGAGCCAGUUCGAGGAGAUCGCCCGGUCCCCUGCAGGCGGGAGGAAGCUGAAACCCAAUGCAAUCCCCACUCUGUUUAACGUGCCCGACCCCCCUUCUCCCAUCACCCCUGUUGCGCUACCCGUCAAGUCAGAGCCGGCAGAGAAGGAGCAGAAUUUGGGGGACCACGGCUACGCCCGACGUCAGCCCAAAACCGAUGUGGAGGGGGGUGAGCGCGGGGGUCAGGGGGCGGAGGAGGAGCACCCCUGCUCCUUGUGCGAGCGCUACAAGGCCCUGCUGGAGAAGCAGCAGCAGGACACAGCCAGACUGCGCAGAGAGGCAGAGGAAAUGAAGAAGAAGCUGAACAAGCUGAAUAAGAUUGAGAAGGGUCUGCAGAUGUUCCUGUACGAGGACCAGAUCCGGGCCCUGACCCUGGCCAAACGCUCCCGCAGGGCCCUGUGGUCCCAGGACACGGUGAUGACGGCCCGGAGGAUCCAGUGCGCCGUGGGGAUCAAGGGCUACGAGUUCCUCCGCGAGCUGGGCUACCCCCUGCCCUCCUACAGAACUUUGUCCAACCGGCUGAAGCCCAAGAUAAUGGGCCCGAGCAGCAUGCAGGAACAGCUAGCCGAGCUCGGCCUGGGGAUAAUCACCACCUGCGACAGCCCCGAGGACAACGCGGCCAGCGAGGAGGGCUUCAUCGGAGUCAUUUCAUAAUGGAGCCGCUAUCCGGCGGCUUCCGCCAGCUUUGUGUCAAGUGUAAAUGUUUAGAGU